AUGGCAGCAGAGCCGAGGUCGUCGCCGCGCUGCGAGCCACGGCCGACCGAAAACGUUGUUGACUUUCCGCGCCCACCCCAAGUCAAGCCCGUCCCGUGGCGGAUCCGAGUCGAGCAUGGCGGGGCAGUGGUGGCCGAGACCUGCGCGGCCAUCCGCGUUGCCGAGACCCAUCACGCACCCACGUACUACAUCCCGCUCGCCGACAUCGAUCUCGAGCGAGUGGUGCCAAGCUGUGAGCCGCACUCCACGUUCUGUGAGUGGAAGGGCCUCGCCACAUACUGGGAUGUGUUGGUGCCGGACGGCGAUCGCCUUGUCCGCGCCGCCUGGUCGUACCCCGAGCCGACCGAGGCGUUUACAGCUAUCAAGGGCUGCCGCGUACGUCGACGAUGA